UUAACGAAGAAAAACUACAACCAGAAUGAGAAAAUUGUGUGCUAUUAUUCUCUUCUCUUGCUUUAUUCUCCUUCUAACUUUUAUACACGUUGAAGCAGAUUGUGAAGGCAGCUUAUUCGCCGAUAACAGCACUUACAGCAAAAACCUCAACUCUCUUUUCUCUUCUCUUGCAAGUAACGUCAUCUCUAAUGACGGCUUCUACAACACUUCAACCGGAGAAGGCAUCAACAAAGUUUACGGUCUUGCCCUUUGUGGGAGAGGCUACGAGAAGCAAGCUUGUGUGAACUGCCUGGAGCAAGCGAUUCAAGAAUCGCAAGAAAUGUGUCCAAAUCGAAUGAAAUUCUUCAAUUGGACCACGAGAGACAGUGACAAUGCUUCUUGCCUUGUAAGGUAUGCUAAUCACUCUGUUUUUGCGAAACUCGAGCUUUUCCCACGUACUUUGUCAGAGAAUCCUUUAAUUAUAGAGGAACCUAAGAGCCUUACGCUUUUUCGACGAGAAUGGGAAGCACUGACUAACCUAACAAUGCAGUCUGCUACUUCAGCUCCUGAAAAUUCAUCAGCUGUGCUUAAGUUCUAUAGCGUCGUAAGAGCAGAGUUCACAGAAUUUCCAAAUGUUUACAUGAUGAUGCAAUGCACUCCUGACAUUUUAUCUAGUGAAUGCAACAAAUGUCUUAGCCUGUGUGUGUUGAACUUUCAAAACAAUAAUUGGGGAGCUCAGGGAGGUGCGGGUAGGCUUCCAAGCUGUUAUUUUCGGUUGGAAUUUUAUCCAUUUGUUGGAUCUUCAGAGAAUAUGACAAGAGUUUCUAUGAUUAAUCGAGCUUCUACUCUUCCUCAAGAAGAUACAAAGUUAAAACCUGGAUAUGACAAGAAAGGAAAAAAGAUUCGGAAUGGAACUAUCGUGAUAAUUGUGGUUCCUACGGUUAUAAGUCUCUUUGUAUUUGUUGGUCUCAUCAUCAUCUUUGGUCAGAGGAGAAAGUUCUACAUCAAAGAAUGCUCUGAUUCUGAGGAGCAAUCUAUGUUGCGGUAUGGUAUGCGCAUGAUACUCUCUGCAACCAAUGACUUUUCGCCUGAAAAUAAACUUGGUCGAGGUGGAUUUGGAACUGUCUACAAGGGGAUUUUACCGAACGGGCAAGAGAUAGCUGUGAAACGAUUAGUAAGUGGUUCAGGACAAGGAAGUACAGAGUUCAAAAAUGAGGUUUCGCUCUUGAGAAGACUCGAACAUAAGAACUUGGUUAAGCUUCUUGGAUUCUGCAGUGAAGGAAAUGAAAAGAUUCUUGUUUACGAGCUAGUGCCGAAUUCUAGUCUUGAUCAUUUUAUCUUUGAUGAAGAGAAGCGUGCGCUUCUUACAUGGGAGGUGAGGCGCAAAAUUAUAGAAGGCAUCGCUAGAGGUCUACUUUAUCUCCAUGAAGAUUCUCAGCUGAAGAUUAUUCACCGUGACUUGAAGGCAAGCAACAUCCUUUUAGAUGCAGAGCUGAACCCUAAAAUUGCAGACUUUGGGACUGCGAGGAUGUUUGACACUGAUGAGACUCGAGCUGAAACAAGACGAAUUGCUGGAACUCGAGAUGAUAAGUGGUAAACGAAACAAUAGCUUCGUAGGAGAAGGACUUGCAGCUUUUGCAUGGAAGAGAUGGGUUGAAGGAAAGCCUGACAUUGUAAUUGAUCCUUUACUGAUGAAAACCCCAAGAAACGAGAUCAUCAAGUUGGUCCAGAUUGGUUUAUUGUGCGCCCAAGAGAAUGCAGCAAAGAGACCAACCAUGAGCUCUGUUAUACUAUGGCUUGGCAGUGAAACUGUCACCAUCCCUUUACCUAGGGCUCCUGCUUUCACUGGGAAUCAAUCCCAAUCUGAUAAUAGUGAAAUUUCAAUGAGUAAUAACAUCUUCACGGAGUUGAGUUGCCGUUGAGUUAUAAAUAAGUUGAUCAUUAGGUGUCCUGCAACUGUGUUGCUACAAAGAUCCAAUAAACUUAUUGUUUUCGUAAGAUGAUACUAGAGCUUGACUACCAUAGUCGUGCAGGUUUGGUUUUGGUCUUUUAUAAAUUGUUUAGUGAUAUUUUUAAACACAUAGAUUAUUUAAAUA